GAAGCCUUUUCUUGUUAAGUAAUUGCAUUUUCCUUCUGCUGUGACCUUCUUAAUUGUUCCUCGCUCUGAGGAGAUUUGAGUAGUAUGUGAUAAGGUGGUUGGUGCAAUUAAGAAAGCGUGGCAUAAGCUGGGAUUUGCUGUGUACAUAAAGUCAGUGGUGGGUGCAGAGCCGUUGGUCCUCCUUCACAGAAUGGGCCAAGCUGCUAACCUGCCUUGUAGGAGAGGAGAGUCCUAUGUCACAGAGCUGUAUGAGUGGUUCAGAAAGUUUAUCAACGAAUGUCCCAGUGGGCUUAUCACUCUUCAUGAGUUUCAAAGGCAUUUCUGCGUUGGAACGGUGGGCAGUGAGUCGGCUGAGUAUGCAGAGCAGAUAUUCCGCACACUGGACAUUAAUGGGGACGGGGUGGUGGACUUCAGGGAGUAUGUCAUGGCCAUCAGUAUGCUCGUUGAAGGUUCAGCGGUGGAGAAACUGCGCUGGUCAUUCAAGCUUUAUGACAAAGACAGAGAUGGAGCCAUUACAAAGGAGGAAAUGCUGGAGAUCAUGCAGGCUGUUUAUAAGAUGGGUGUUGCCACGGCUUUGACUGAACCCAACCCACUCACGGCUGAAGAGUGUACCAACAGGAUAUUUGGGAGAUUAGAUAAAGACAAUAAUGCCAUCAUCAGUCUGGAGGAGUUCAUCGAGGGAGCGCUGGACGAUGAUUGGAUCAGAGAGAUGCUGGAAUGUGACCCCAGCACCGUAAAGGUGGAGAGGCCUGUGAGGAGGGACACCGCUUUGGGGACCCAUGGUUGACCUGAAGCAGGGUAUUCUAUUCAUCGGGCGCAGAGAAAUUAACCAGACGGUGUUUGAAAAACUGAAACUUCCAGGAAUCGUCGCAGCAGCACGGCUUCUAUUUGCUGUGACAAAUUAUUUCACUGUGUGUUGAGUAACUUCAAGGUAGACACCUAGAAAAUGGGAUUGCAGUAAUAUUUAAAAAUCAUUUUUGCCACAAUAUUAAAAGCAUUUAUUCCGUCCUUGUCCAGUCUGAUUCUUUUCUCCUGUAGUUUGGAUCAGUGCUUUUUGUUAAUUUAUUGAUGUUUUCUUUGUUUCGUUUUUCUGUGCCUGAAUGCAUCUCCUUAUGGAAUAAAUAAUAACUACCAAAAUCCACUGAAACUGUACUCGUCCUUCUUGUAUUAUAUUAUCCGUCCUGCACUUGUUGCAAGAUAAAAUCACACUUUGUGACGA